AUGCAAUUUAAAGAUCAAGAAGACGAUAAUCCUAAUAACAUACCAUUAGAAGACAUUACAGGCUCAGAAAAAGAUGUUACGCUUAAAAUUUUUAGCGAAAAUGACUUAAAAGAAGCAAAUGAAGAUAUAUCUAGUAAAAUACAUGCAUUUGGGAAUACCUUAUUGGAACAAAAAGAUCCAACAUUUCAAAUAUGUCAAAUUAUUGAUAUGGUUUCUACUAAUUCUUCAUUAUUUCUUUCAAAUAAUUAUUUAAUUGGUUGUUUGUUUUCAAAUUUAGGGGAGAUUGAUUUCAGGAAUGUGAUUGAAGUUAUUCUUGUUAAUGAAUUUUCAGAAUUAUCUUUACAUUUACUAAAAUUAAUUCAAAUAUUAUCGGAAAUAUCUGUAGAUAUCUACAAAUACAUAUCUAGUGUUGAUAUAUUUACACGAAUUUGUGAAUGCAUUUUAGCUUGUGAUGACUCAAUCUCUUUUAAUGAAGAAACUAACAAAAUGAUUUUAAAUUUACUUAAAAGAUACUAUAGUAAAGAAUAUUCAGACGAUAUCGGCAUCAUUUUCGAGAAUUUAUCAUCUAUUACAUCAUUUUUUAAUGAAUUUCCUUUAAUGCAGCUUAACUUUUUAAGAUUUGUCGUUAAUAUACCGGAAACAAAUUAUCCAGCUGAUGUACCUCGUGCUCGUGCUGGAACAAUACUUCGAUGUGUUACUGAAACAAAUUUAAUUUUUGAUGAACUUUUGGAAGACGAAAUGAUUAAUGAUAAGACCAUUUCAUCACUUUGUAAAACAUAUAUAUUGUGUUUGCAGCAAAAUCCGAAGACAGUUAUCUCUGCAAGUCAAAAAAUACAAGAUUGUCUCCAAUAUUUCCUUGUCACAGAUAUUUUUGAGACCAAAAUCAAUCUCGUGUUAUUAAUUACCGAAUACAACAUGGCAAUUUCUAAAAUUGACGAAAAUCCAAAAAUUAAUAUUUCCGGAUUCAUGAAAAACCACAUUUCACUUUUUAUUAUUAAGUUACUAUCAGACACUGACAAAUAUCUCAAUGUUGUAGCUCUUAAUUUUAUUUAUUCGGUCGCAUCAACAAAUUCAUCUUCAGUUUACUCCGGAUUGAGUGCGGACACAUUGUAUAACCAUUUAUUAGGUUAUAUGUCUGAAAACACUUUGGAACAGAAGGUUAUUUCUUUCAAAAUCAUUGCAACUUUAGUACAAAAUGGAGAUUACACUUUGUGUAAAAUUGAUGAAGUUUUUCUGAAGUUUCUUGAGUAUCUCUGCGAAACAACUUCGCUUAUGGAUAUUGAUAUCAUCAAGAGUUUUUCAAUAAUCAUAUCGGGAGUGAUGAAAUUCUAUCACAGUCUCUCUGAAAAAGAUUGGAAAUUAUUUAAAUCCCACGCUGAAGCUUGCGGAAUCAAAGAAACUUUGGAAGAUUUGUUAUCAGAAGAAAUAAUAGACUCACAGAUUUAUGAGGUUUUAGAUGCUUGUUAUAAUAUGUUAAUAGCUUAA